CUUGAUUUCUAUGAGAGGUCGAUCCCCAUUUCCCUCAAUAUUAGGGGCUGAAAAUUUAGGGGACAAAAGCUCCCUCCAAUUUUAGCAUACAAUAUCCAAAUUCUAUACAAUUUCUCAUAAUUUUGGAUUUGCACCAAGGCAAAGAAGAAAUAACAUGGGGCAUGUCGUCAUCUCCUGGCCCCCGUGAACACGUUUCCCUCAAAUUCCAUUUUGCAACAGCUAUUUCCAGGGCUUCAACAUAGCUUCUCUAGACCUGCAUGUCCUAGAAAUCGCUUCAAUUCAUUGAAUUAGUAACUCGCGCUUAAGUGAGGCAGGAAUCUUAACAUUGAAAAGCUAAAUGGGUUCGAAGCUUGCAAAGCAGGGGCUAGGAAGGGCUGGGACCUCAAACUUACAACAUGCUCAAUAUUCACUCAUCAAUUACCUCACCAAGAGUAUAUAUCUUCGUAACUUGGUAUCAAAGCAUCGAAGGCGAAUGUUCGUUGCUGGAUAUGAUCUUGACAUGUCAUACAUCACAGAUAAAAUAUUGGCUAUGUCAUUCCCUGCCGAACGUAUGCGAGCAAUGUACCGUAAUCCUCUCUGGCAGGUGAAAUCUGUGCUGGACAUGAGGCAUCCGGAGCACUACAAGGUCUAUAAUUUAUGCAUUGAGGAAUCUUAUGAUCCAGCACAUUUUCAUGGUCGUGUUGAGACAUAUCCUUUUGAUGACAACCAUGUCCCACCUCUGGAAAUGGUCAAGCAAUUUUGUGAAAGUGUUAAUUCAUGGUUAUUACAAGACCCUAAAAAUAUUGCGGUUGUGCACUGCAUGGCAGGUAAAGGUAGAACAGGCUUAAUGGUGUGUGCCUACCUUGUUUACAGUGGCAUGACAGCAGAGGAGGCUCUUCAAUUGUAUGCAAAUAAACGGACGACAAACAAUGAAGGAGUCUCCAUACCAAGCCAACGCCGUUAUGUGGGGUAUUGGGCAAGUGUACUUUCUUUUCCUAAGGGAAUUGGUGAUGGACCUCCUAAAGCAAACUUGCCUCAACCUUGUAGCAGAGAACUGCGCCGAAUUCGUCUUUAUGACAUGGUUAACACUGACUCAAUCUUCUUUGUGGUCUCAGAGUUGGAAGAGGUUCCCAGCCAGGUAUACCGUCCGUCAGAGGAAGUUGCUAAAGGUUGCUGCAGACCUAUUACGAAAGGAUAUCAGAGAAAUAAUAGUCCUCGCUACUAUAUCUCUUUCAUUGAAGGUGAUGAAGAAGAGAAGAAGUGCGAAGUAGAAGAACCACACGUUGUUGUUCAAAUGGACACAGAACGUGCCAUCAUCGAUCAGGAGAACUGUCUAGAAUACUACUUCAAUAAACCUGUAGAGGUUAAAGGAGAUGUGCGUGUUAUAUUCUACCAGAAAAUGAUCGGAGGCCGGCUUUUCUACGUCUGCUUCAACACAGCUUUCAUCAAGAAUAGCUUGCUACAGUUCUCAGUGAGAGAUUUGGAUAAACUUGGGAAGAAGGGUAAAUCAAUAUGUGGGUCUGCCUUCUGCUUGGAGCUGCUAUUUGGUCCAGCUAAUUCAAAGCCUGCACGCUUUCCUUCAUCUUCUGAUGAGAAUGAAGAUAGUCCAAGUGACGAUUGUUUCUGAAAUCUUUUUCAAAAUGAAUACAGUUAAUUAGACAUCCUCCUCUAUCAAGAUGUAUCAUCAGACGUUGUCUUGCUGUCUAGUUUUUCAUGGACGGCAUGUCCAAACAAGAAGAGGAAGUUUUGUAUCUUAGGUUUCUGCUGAGGGCAUUUUGCAAAAGAUCAAAUGUGCUUCGUUUUUCUGUUUAUAUAUACAUAUAUAUAAAAUCAUGCGGAUGUCUAAAUUACAUUUCUUUUUGGUGGUUCUGUUUGUAUUGCCAAUGCCAUUGCCCAUUUAUUUUGUUUUGAUUUGAAAGAGUUGGCUUAGUUCUAGCUCAUCCUUGUAAAAGAAUUUUGUGCAGGA